GGGCUAGGCUGUGCCGGGUUGCGAAGGGGGAGACUAACGUCGGGUCGGGUCAGCGGGCGCUGCAGUAGUCGCCGCAGCGGCGAUGGGAGCGGUGGGGACAAGGAGGCGGCGGCGGCGGCAGGAGGGGGAGCAGGGGCUGACACAAGAGCAGCGGCUGGGGGGAGCCAGCAGCAGCAGUAACAGCAGCAGCCGCCGCCGCCGCCAGUAAACGCGGACGGUACCAGAGGGAACUACCCAGCCGGCCGGCCCUCGAAGCCGAGCUCGGGUCCCGCCGCAGUUCGCGGCGGGGGAUGGGCAGGCGGUGGGCAGUCCCGCCUGCUGAGGGUUGACCCCUGCCGGUCCGGGCCCUGAGCUGGACCUGAGCGCUCCGCCCGAAAUCCCUGCGUCCGCCACGGCCCAGGUUAAAUGGAAACCACCCUUGGGAACUGGAUGCCUGUGUAGCUGUUCUACCAUAUCAGUGUUUUGCGAUGAGUGGGGGAGGAGAGCAGCCAGAUAUCCUGAGUGUUGGGAUCCUGGUGAAAGAAAGAUGGAAAGUAUUGAGAAAGAUUGGAGGUGGGGGAUUUGGAGAAAUUUACGAUGCCUUGGACAUGCUUACCAGGGAAAAUGUUGCACUGAAGGUGGAAUCAGCUCAACAACCAAAACAAGUUCUGAAAAUGGAGGUUGCUGUUUUGAAAAAACUACAAGGGAAAGACCAUGUUUGUAGAUUUAUUGGCUGUGGGAGGAAUGAUCGAUUCAACUAUGUGGUCAUGCAGUUGCAGGGUCGGAAUCUGGCAGAUCUUCGCCGUAGCCAGUCCCGGGGCACAUUUACCAUUAGUACUACUCUCCGUCUGGGUAGACAGAUUUUGGAGUCUAUUGAAAGCAUCCAUUCUGUGGGAUUCUUGCACCGAGACAUUAAACCGUCAAACUUCGCCAUGGGUCGCUUUCCCAGUACAUGUAGGAAAUGUUACAUGCUUGAUUUUGGCUUGGCUCGACAAUUUACCAAUUCCUGUGGUGACGUCAGACCACCUCGAGCUGUGGCAGGCUUUCGAGGGACAGUUCGUUAUGCAUCAAUCAAUGCUCAUCGGAACAGGGAAAUGGGAAGACAUGAUGACCUUUGGUCCUUAUUCUACAUGUUGGUGGAGUUUGUGGUUGGUCAGCUGCCUUGGAGAAAAAUAAAGGACAAGGAGCAAGUAGGCUCUAUUAAGGAGAGGUAUGACCACAGGCUCAUGUUGAAACAUCUCCCUGCAGAAUUCAGCAUCUUUCUAGACCAUAUCUCUGCUUUGGAUUAUUUUACGAAACCAGACUACCAGCUUCUUACAUCCGUGUUUGACAAUAGCAUCAAGACCUUUGGAGUAACUGAGAGUGACCCUUUUGACUGGGAGAAGACUGGAACUGAUGGCUCCCUGACAACCACCACCACUUCUACCACCCCGCAGUUGCACACCCGCUUGACUCCUGCUGCAAUUGGAAUUGCCAAUGCCACUCCCAUCCCAGGAGACUUGCUUCGAGAAAAUACAGAUGAGGUGUUUCCAGAUGAACAGCUUAGUGAUGGGGAGAAUGGUAUCCCUGUUGGUGUGUCACCAGAUAAAUUGCCUGGAUCUCUGGGACACCCUCGUCCCCAGGAGAAGGAUGUGUGGGAAGAGAUGGAUGCCAACAAGAACAAGAUAAAGCUUGGAAUUUGUAAGGCUGGUACUGAAGACGAGAACAGUCAUGGUCAAGCAAAUGGUAUUCUCAAUGCUCCAAGCCUUGGUUCACCAAUUCGUGUCCGCUCAGAGAUUACUCAGCCAGACAGAGAUGUUCCAUUGGUGCGAAAAUUACGUUCCAUUCACAGCUUCGAGCUGGAAAAACGACUGACAUUGGAGCCAAAGCCAGAUACUGACAAGUUUCUUGAGACCUGCCUGGAGAAAAUGCAGAAAGAUUCCAGUGCAGGAAAAGAAUCUAUUCUCCCUGUUCUGCUUCAUAAGCCUUGUGUUCCUACUGCGUCCCAUACUGACCACGUCUGGCACUAUGAUGAAGAAUAUCUUCCAGAUGCCUCCAAGCCUGCUUCUGCCAACACCCCUGAGCAGGCAGAUGGUGGUGGCAGCAAUGGUUUUAUAGCUGUUAACCUGAGCUCUUGCAAGCAAGAGAUCGAUUCCAAAGAAUGGGUGAUUGUCGACAAAGAGCAGGACCUUCAGGAUUUUAGGACAAAUGAGGCCUUAGGCCAUAAAACAACUGGAAGCCCUUCUGAUGAGGAGCCUGAAGUGCUUCAAGUCCUGGAGGAAUCACCUCAAGGUGAAAAGCUCCGAUUAGGCCCUUGGGCAGAAGAUGAUCAUUUCAAGAAGGAAGCUUCAGGUGUGGUCUUAGAACUUUCUGCGGAGUGCCCUGCCACUGCUACUUCAGAACAGUAUAUAGAUAGGCUGGAGCUCCAGGCUGGAGCUGCUAGUCAAUUUAUUGCAGCAACACCCACAAGUCUGAUGGAGGCACAAGCGGAAGGACCCCUUACAGCGAUUACAAUUCCUAGACCUUCUGUGGCAUCUACACAGUCAACUUCAGGAAGCUUUCAUUGUGGCCAGCAGCCAGAGAAGAAAGAUCUUCAGCCCAUGGAGCCCACCGUGGAACUUUACUCUCCAAGGGAUAACUUCUCUGGCUUGGUUGUAACAGAGGGUGAACCUCCUAGUGGAGGAAGCAGAACAGAUUUGGGGCUUCAGACAGAUCACAUUGGUCAUGACAUAUUACCCAAUAAUAGAGAAAGUGACAAAUCUCAAGACCUGGGACCAAAAGACCAUCCAGACCAUAACAGACUGCUUGGGAGAGAAUUUGAGAAUCUUCCUGGGGAAACUGAAGAAAAAAGAGUUCUUUUAGGGUCAGAUAAUGAAGAUGAGAAGUUAAGUAAAAGGCAGCAUUGUGUUGAGAUCUCCCCUCUCCCAGGAGAUUUGGUAACUGUGGAAAAGGAUCACUCAGCUACUACUGAAGCUCUUGAUGUGACAAAGACACAGACUUUUAGUGUGGUGCCAAAUCAAGACAAAAAUCAUGAAAUAAUGAAGCUUCUGGCAGUUGGAAAUUCAGAAAUUUCUCCACAAGUCAUUGACCCACAUGCUGAAGGACAGAUAGGCCAGGUGGCAGCAAUGCAAAAAAGUAAGCUACCUAAGGAUGAUGACAUCAAGAGUGAAGACUUGCCAGGUCAUCAAGGAGACCUUUCUACUUUUUUACAGCAAGGGGGUAAGAGAGAUAAAAUUGCCCCUAGAAAUGGAGAGCUAUUUCAUUGUGUUUCAGAGAAUGAACAUUGUCCCCCAACUCGGAAGGAGGUGGUUAGGUCCUCCUUUGUAACUAGACACAGCCGAAUCCCUGUUUUAGCACAAGAGAUAGACUCAACCUUUGAAUCAUCCUCUCCAGUCUCUGCAAAAGAAAAGCUCCUACAAAAGAAAGCUUAUCAGCCAGACAUUGUCAAGCUUCUGGUGGACAAAAGGCAAUUCAAGUCUUUCAUUGGUGACCUCUCAAGUGCCUCUGAUAAAUUGCUAGAGGAAAAACUAGCUACUGUUCCAGCUCCCUUUUCUGAGGAGGAAGUCUUCACUCCCUUUUCAAGACUGGCAGUAGAUUCUCACCUGAGUAGGUCAGCUGAAGAUAGCUUUUUGUCACCCAUCAUCUCCCAGUCCAGAAAAAGUAAAAUUCCAAGGCCAGUUUCAUGGGUCAACACAGAUCAAGUCAAUAGCUCAACUUCAUCUCAGUUCUUGCCUCGGCCACCACCAGGAAAGCCACCCACGAGACCUGGAGUAGAAGCCAGGCUACGCAGAUAUAAAGUCCUAGGGAGUAGUAACUCCGACUCCGACCUUUUUUCCCGCCUGGCCCAAAUUCUUCAGAAUGGAUCUCAGAAACCCCGGAGCACUACUCAGUGCAAAAGUCCAGGAUCUCCUCACAAUCCAAAAACACCACCCAAGAGUCCAGUUGUCCCUCGCAGGAGUCCCAGUGCCUCUCCUCGAAGCUCAUCCUUGCCUCGCACUUCUAGUUCCUCCCCAUCUAGGGCUGGACGGCCCCACCAUGACCAGAGGAGUUCAUCCCCACAUCUGGGGAGAAGCAAGUCACCUCCCAGCCACUCAGGAUCUUCCUCCUCCAGGAGGUCCUGCCAACAGGAACAUUGCAAACCCAACAAGAAUGGCCUGAAAGGAUCCGGCAGCCUCCACCACCACUCAGCCAGCACUAAAACCCCCCCAGGGAAGAAUAAGCCAGCCAGUAAACUCAGCAGAUAGGAGCCGGACUGCUCUGUGAAAGGUGUGAGAUCGUCCUCCUAAACCUGAUGCAUGUGUGUCCCCGUACUGUCUAUUUAAAAAAUCAAUCUUGAUCUUCUCUUGCAAAAGAAAGUAACAUGAUCAAUUAUUUAUAAGAAGAUAUAAAUGUAUGAUAAGGAAUUAUCUAUGGCAGGCAGCAAGCAGAUCAGGAAUGAAUGCCUUUGUAUAGCAAGGGGCAAUCCAACAAAAUCCAAGGAGGAGAAACUCAUUAAAUGAGCUCUCAUUUUUUAGCUGCCGUUUAGGAGUUAGAAUGGAAUUUUAAGGGGUUUUGCCUAAUUUUUUAAGCCUCUACUCAAAGAUUAUAUAGCAAAAGUGAAACUUCUUGUUUGAUAUUUUCAUUCAAAACUUCCCAACCCUGGAGAGUCAUUGUUCAGAUAUUAAAUUAUGUAAGAAGUCUGUUGCCAGGGAGCCAGGACUCAUGUAUAUUUGGUUUGUGUGUUUAUUUAGUGUACGGAGAAUUCACACCUUCACUUUGCCUCAUUCCUAGUACCCUCCCUGGAUUUCACAUUUUUUAAAGCCAGUGUUUCUCGCCCGAUUCAGUCCCUCUUCUUU